UCGCGGUUUUUGGUUUUGUGCCCUAAUGAAAUGUUUGGCUCGAUUUCACAUGUGACAGGAUAUAGGUUAUGUUCCAUCAGAACCACGUGUUUGCCUCGCCCUACAUUCCAAACGCCGAUUGUUUCAAAAACCCAGAAUAACAUGGACAACCCAGGUCGCAAUCCCGCCAAAAUCAUGGACCAACUGCUUAGGAUGACCAACCGAACGCUGGAACUACGGGUAAACACCAGCCGCCUAACCUCAAAAAUCAUACUCGCCAACAAGGUCGACUACCUGGAGGAGAUCCACAAGACCCGGGAAGCCCAACGAUCGACGAUUAGUCCCAAAACGCCACCACAGCAGACCGUUGUCAAGAAUGAGUUGAUCAAUUGAGAAGAGAAUAAAAA